AAUUUUUUGUUCCAGUAAGCCGCGCAUGGUCUUGCAAAAAAAAGUUUUUCUUUGGCGCAUUCAUCUUGGCUUGCGCGUUUAUUCACUUGCACGCCUCGCAUACAAGAAGCACUCUUGCUUGACCAUAUCUUCCGUAUAUAAAAAGCCAUGCUUGCUGCUCUUAGCCGGCCAUGCUUUUUCUUUUCCUCCAAAAAAAUUUUUCUCCAUUUUUCUAUACUUUUUUGUUUCGUUUUCACAAAAUCACUCGCACCUCACUUCUCUCGCCGCGACGCUACUAGCACCAGAACCAGCACCAGAACCAGUUUUGCUUUAAUACCCACCACUUCCACCUCUAAAAACCCAUCUUUUCCUCUUUUGACCAUGUUGAUGAACGAUACACCGAUGCCCAUUGGUAUGCCCUUCGAACCAUUUCACAACUCACAUUCGCUGACGCUUCGCUACAGAGACCGCCAGCUAAUAGACGAUAUUGCUGGAGAGGACAUGCCCGCUGACGUUGCCCAGCUGGUCGUUUGCAUGUCUGAUCUGCCGCCAUCUACCAAAAUCGUUCGGCCAGGCAUGUUGUGGCCGCAGGGGCUACUGCUGCCUAACGACACAAUGGUCAUUGUGGUUGACAACCAGAGCAUCAUCAGGUUUGUCGGGAGCCUUGAGGACCCCGGGAAGCUCAUCUAAAUUAUUUUGUGUAUUCCGCCAGCGCCGGCAGCAGCAGCAGCAGCCCAAAAUGAAAAACAACAGAUGCUUGCUGAGAUUCCCACACACAUGCCCAUUGCAAUACUAAUUUUUCCAUCCUUGUUUGGGCGUCACUGCCGAACUGAAGGUUUGAAAUUUUUUUAUUGCUCAUGGCCAGUUUUUUUCUUGCAUGCUCGAUUCCGUUUUGACAUUUCCUGUUCCCUCUUGUUUGAUUUCUUGUUCCGGUUCUUCAUGGGUUGGGAUGUGCGGUUGCUAGCACCCUGGGGGGGGGGAGGACGACUACGGUGAUCCUCCAAAAAAACCUUGUUUGGCACUCCUUAUUUUACCCUCGCACUCUCGAUUCCUGUAUUAUCUGCCCCUUUUUU